CUAUAUUUCAGUGACUAUUUUUGGCUGUAAACAUGCUGAGCAGCGUCCUCUUGCUGAGCGUCCUCACGGUCACCAGCCUGUCACUGUCCAAAACGGAGAGCCGGAAAACUUCAGCCUCCAAAGAGAUCUGCAAGAGCCGCUGCAGCUGCGAGGAGCGCGAGAACAUCCUUAACAUCAACUGUGAGAAUAAAGGAUUUACCACCGUCACUCAGUUCCAAGCGCCCCCAAAUAAAAUCUCCCAGCUUUUUCUAAAUGGGAACUUCCUGUCACGGCUCAGCGCCAAUGAGUUUGUCAAUUAUGGCAAUGUCACCUCGCUGCAUCUGGGGAACAACGGCUUGCAGGAGAUCAAAACCGGUGCUUUUAAUGGGCUGCGCUUCCUGAAGCGGCUCCACUUAAACAACAACAACCUGGAGGUGAUCAAAGAAGACACCUUUGCAGGGCUGGAGAGUUUGGAGUAUUUACAGGCAGACUAUAAUUACAUCAGCGCCAUCGAGCCAGGCGCUUUCAGUAAGCUCAAUAAGCUCAAAGUGUUGAUCCUAAAUGACAACCUGCUAUUGUCUUUGCCUCCCAACAUUUUCCGCUUUGUGCUCCUCACCCACUUGGAUUUACGUGGCAACCGGCUCAAGAUGCUGCCAUUUGCUGGGGUUUUAGAGCACAUCGGUGGCAUCAUGGAGAUCCAGCUGGAGGAGAACCCGUGGAACUGCACCUGUGAUCUUAUUCCUCUCAAAUCCUGGUUGGACACUAUUUCAGUCUUUGUGGGGGACAUUGUGUGUGAGACGCCGUUCAGGCUGCAUGGGAAAGACAUCACACAGCUCAUAAAGCAGGAUCUGUGCCCACGAAGGAACGCUGGUGAGCGUGUGCACCCCCCCUCUGACUCUCACUUUCAGGGGGCCCUGCCCCCGACCUACCACCCUGGCAUCAUCACCCCCACCCGAGCCCCGAAAGCUUCCCGCCCACCCAAAAUGCGCUACAGGCCCACAGCUCGCAUCACAAAGGACAAACAGGUCUUUGGGCCUAUAAUGGUUUACCAGACGCGCUCCCCCGUGCCCAUGCUGUGUCCCAGUGUGUGCGUGUGCACAUCACAAAACCCUGACAGCGGACUGAACAUAAAUUGCCAAGAGCGGAAAUUGCAAAACAUCAGUGAAUUGAACCCCAAAGCCUCCUACCCAAAGAAACUGCACCUGACUGGUAACUACCUACAAGUGAUUUACAGGACUGACCUGACCGAGUACAGCUCGCUGGAGCUGCUUCAUUUAGGAAAUAACAGGAUUGCAGUGAUUCAGGAAGGAGCCUUUGAAAAUCUCACAAACCUCAGACGGCUCUAUCUAAAUGGGAAUUACAUUGAAUCUCUUUCUCAGUCUCUCUUUGCCGGCCUGCAGUCUCUGCAGUAUCUCUACUUGGAAUAUAACAUCAUCAAGGACAUUUUACCACAAACCUUUAACUCACUGCACAACCUCCAACUGCUCUUCCUCAACAACAACCUGUUAAGAUCACUCCCUGACAAUGUUUUCAGUGGCACCAUGCUAACCAGACUCAACCUGAGGAAUAACCAUUUCUCCUACCUUCCAGUCCGUGGUGUCCUGGACCAGCUAUCAGCGUUUAUCCAGAUUGACCUGCAGGAGAACCCCUGGGACUGCACCUGUGACAUUGUGGCGCUCAAAAACUGGAUGGAGUUGUCCAGUACCAGUGUCGUGGUUAACGAAAUCACUUGCGAUUCGCCCUCGAAACACGCAGGUCGCCUGCUACGCUCACUCCGCAACGAGGCUAUCUGCCCUGAGCCCAGCGAGGUGCCCCCGCCACAAAAUGCACCCUCUACAAAAGCUCCCACAUUAAUAAGCCCUGGCACUGAGACCACCACCCCAUCCUCCUCUUCUUCCUCCUCUUCUUCUUCUUUUAGCUCCGUCAGCCCGACUGAAUCCCGAAUCCACACUCCUGAGUUGCACCCUGAGGUCCCACUUUCAGUCCUGAUUCUCGGGCUUCUUGUGGUCUUCAUCUUGUCCGUCUGCUUUGGCGCCGGCCUCUUUGUUUUUGUUCUGAAGCGGCGCAAAGGAGUGGAACAUGUCCCCACAGGCGCAAACAACCUUGAUCUCAACUCUUUUCAAGUGCAAUAUGGCUCCUACACUCCUGAACCGACCCAAGACAAAACCUCCGAAAGCCACGUUUACAACUACAUCCCCCCACCCGUGGGCUCCAUGUGCCAAAACCCCAUCUACAUGCAGAAGGACAGCGAGCAAGUGGCGUAUUACCGCAACCUCAAGGAGCUCAGCUUUGGGCCCCUGGAUGUGAAGAAGGAUGUCCUCACCCACAGCCCAGGGGCCUACACCAUCAGCACAAUGGAUUUUAUGGAUAAAUCGCCAACAUCGUGCGGUCUGACCCCCCCAGAUCCUCCUGAGAUGUUGUAUCAAAACUUAGGGGAGCGGCCCCACAAAGAGCUUCCCACAGCGGCAGGCGUCCCUCCGUUCCAUUACAACUUUUGCACUUUACCUAAGAGACCUUGCAUCGUGCCCCCCUACGAGGCUGCUACAGCCCGGCGGCAUAUCACCAAUCAGGACAGGUUGAAUAAAACUGUGCUGUACGGGACACCCAGGAAAUACUAUGGGGCCGAAAAUCCUUCCAAAAACACUGAGCACCCACUUCUGCUCCCUGGGAAGCUAAAAACAGAACCAGACUACCUGGAGGUUCUGGAGAAACAGACUGCGAUGAGCCAACUGUAAGAUAGCGACAAUGCCCAUCCCCCCAUCCCCACCCCAGGUUCUGUGCAACAUUCUUAAUAAUCACGAAGUUACUGUUCUAAUAGCCCUCUCUAUAUAUCUAUCUUAUCUAUCUGUGUU